UUUUUCUUUACUUCGUUUCUUAAGAGAGUAAAACCCUAGUAUUCCCACCCCCUUUAUUUUCUUCUACUUAAUUUUGACGGUACAAUAAUAGUGGUGAAUUGGGUCACAACUCACAAUUGUGAUGAUGCAAAAACACUGAUCCCCUUUUCCACUGUUUUUUUCUUAUAUCAUAAAUAGGAAUAGCGAAUUGGGUUGCUUGCAUUCCUUGUGUCCUCCGAUUGCUUAAAGUGCGUUACAAAAGGUUCUUUUGCAUGUGAAUUAGAAUAAAUUGAAGUGGGAAUGGAGUGUGUGGUUCAGGGAAUUAUUGAGACUCAACAUGUUGAGGCCCUCGAAAUUCUGCUUCAAGGGCUUUGUGGUGUACAUAAACAAAGCUUAAGGAUCCAUGAACUGUGCCUUAAGAGUGUCCCAAACCUAGGCUUAGUAGCAUCAGAAAUACGUCUCUUAUGUGAUCUUGAGCAGCCGGAACCCACAUGGACUGUUCGACAUGUUGGUGGUCCAAUGAGAGGCACUGGUGCUGAACAAAUCUCAGUCUUGGUGAGACCGAUGAUAGAAAGCAAAAUAAGCAAGAAUGCAUUGCGCAUGUUUUAUGCACUCGGCUACAAGCUAGACCACGAGCAGCUGAGAGUUGGUUUUGCAUUUCAUUUCCAAAGAGGUGCCCAGAUAACUGUUACAGUUUCAUCCAUCAACAAGAUGUUGAAACUUCAUGCAACUGAUGAGGCAGUGCCUGUGACACCGGGCAUACAGCUAGUUGAAGUGACAGCACCUGCUUCAUCUGAAAAUUACACUGAAGUUGUUGCUGCUGUAUCGUCCUUCUGUGAAUAUCUUGCACCGCUCCUCCAUUUGUCAAAACCCGGUGUGUCAACAGGGGUUGUUCCUACUGCAGCUGCAGCAGCUGCAUCUCUCAUGUCGGAUGGCGGAGGCACAAAAAUGUAGUAUUAAUCCUUUGCAGCUAUUUUAUUUAUAUUCUUUUACAUUUUGGUUGCGGUCCUCAUUGCUGGAUAAGAGACCUAUUUUGCAAAAUGAUAGCCCUCCUAUAUUUGUCGUUAAGAUGCUGAUCAAUACACAGUAAUGUUUUUGCAUACAAUAGAGUUAUAGUAUCAACCAGCUUAGUUCAAUUAAGGGUGGAUGAAUCUUUUCUCUCUUUCGAUAAGUUCCUUGUUAUUGAUUUUGA